UCGCAAUCAAGUAUAAAAUACUGAUGAUUUGGUACGAUGCAUGGACCAUAACUUCAAUUUCAGGUCAUGCUUUGACUUGCAUCGGCCACCGGAAACUUGAAUUAUUUCAAUUUAUUUAUUUACAAUAAUGUUGAAUGUGGCGUGGGAAAAUUGCAUCUGAGUCGGAAAACCCCAAAUUGAUAACAUUUAAUUUUUUCACAAGUGCUUUUUGCUUUAAUCAAUUAAUAUAUACUUUACACAGGUACAACGUCCAAUAUUUACAUGUAGCUAGAUUUUUUAUAGGUUUCAACUUGUUCUGCAAGUUUAAACCACAAAUUGUGGUGAGAAUAAGUUUGCACGCGUAAUUUAUUCAAGUAUCACAGCUAUGUACAUACAUACUUCUAUACUAACUGGUAACUGGAACUGGGAGACAGCUAAUCGUAGAAUCUUAAAACAAGGACCGACCUCACUUACUUAUCAUGAAAGAACCAAACUAAUGCAUGAUGAAGUAGCAUGCUAAUUUCAAUACUAAUACCAUUUAGCAGUGAUAGCUGAAGAUCGUCGGAGCUUUGUUGCAGCCAUUUCUUGAAGAUUAAAUUGCAUUAAAGUAAACCAGCUACAGGACACAAUUUUCAUAAGAUGGAGCUUACCCAGACAAACAACGCCAACAAAACUGAAAUGGAUCAGAAGGAGGAAGAGUGCCUGCGUACGGUGUACAAAAUGAUGGAAGAUGACUUUGCUUUGAAACCCAUGAGAAAACAUUACACUGAUUCCUUCAUGCUAAUGUCCAUUCGUUCGUACCAGUAUGAUGUCAUGAGCGUUUUUCGAGUGAUAAAAUAUCUGCACCUAUACUCCACAGAAGUGUAUCCUGACCUAUUCUCAUGCGUGAACUUGACAAAGUUGAAACCAGUUUUAGACAAACAAAUAUUCCAAUUUGUAAAAACUUUUCGUGAUGAUUCUCCUGGAAUAAUAAUGCUCAAAAUAAGACGUUGGAAACCUAGUGAAGUCUCCCCGGAUGAAUUGAUUGCUGUCGGAGUUGCUUACAUUUACCACCUGGCAAUGACGUCAUUAAGUGCUCAAAAAAAUGGUGUUAUCGUCAUUGUGGAUACAAGUGGCUUUGGUUUUGGUCAUGCCCGACAAAUUUCGUACGAUCUUACAAAAAAAAUAAUGCACUGCCUCACUUUUGCAUCCCCAAUACGCAUCCUUGGUUAUGUUGCCAUAAACAGUCACAUGCUGUUUGAGAAGAUGUACAAUGUCAUGAAAUUCGUAAUACCGGAGAAUGCUCGGAAAGAUAUUCACAUUGUGAAGACCGACCUCUCACCACUGUAUAAAAUGGUUCCUUCCAAGGAACUGCUGCCCGUCUGUUUGGGAGGAGAGGUGCCUGACGACCUAGGAUUUCUUGAAGGUAUUGAAGAAGCAGUCAUGAAGGACCCCUCUCUUCAGAAUUUAAUCGCUGAGGUGCAGAAAGAGUGUAAAGUGAAAAAGACAAGUCGCUAACUCGAUGCAUGAAUGACACUAGAAUUCAUAUUCCAUUGUAUGCAGCAGCUUAGGAUUAGUGUUAUGUUGUGUAUAGUAUGCACAUUUGAUUUAUUCAUCAAACUCUCAUCAUCAUCCUUAUCAUUCAUCAAAUUGCAAUGAAUGAUAACUACAAAACAAAAUAUUUUGAGUCUUUGUUUGAUACAAUUGUAAAAUCCCAUAAAACUUGCCACGAAUGCAUCUUUUUUUGAAAAACAAUAUUGCCCAAUUUAUUAUAGUAAAUACCCAGUUUAUGGAAGUAUGUGUAACAUGUAGUACUGUGAUAAUAUACGGAAACAGUAUAUACACAUUAUUUAGUGUGUGCAUUUAAUGUGUCAACUGUCAAUACUUAUUUAAGAUGAGAAUAAGUAAACUGAUAAUACUACUAAUUACAAUUAAGUUACUGCCAAACUGAGCUAAUAAAUUUCACACAAAGUAUAA